AUGAGUUUUGUAGAACUUAUCCCAUCGCUGGGUUCAAACCAAAUGCGAUACAUUCUAGAACCAUUUACAUUAAUAUUAUCAAUAAAAAUAGACGAAAGUAUUACACAAAAUUUACCUUUACCUUUAGACUUAGCGAGUCAGGAUUUACAGAGUAGAUUAAGUUCUAUAGUUCCUACCGUAUUAACUGCUCAAAUUUGGACCAAUUCCGUUGAUAAAUAUUCUCCAGAGGGAAAAUGGCACGGGAUAGAUAUGCAUGUACAUAUUGUCUCUUUAAAUGGAAAAAAUUCUCUUAAUUCUGAGUCACUCACGACUGCCAAAUCUUGGAUUGUUAAAUUCCAAGGUGUUAUAUUAUCAACUGCUACUGGUAGGUUUGAGUACACAGCUCGUUGGAAAAGCCAAGGCAGUGAUUGGAUUUGGGCGGGUAAAAGUAAUAAAAAUGGUGUAAUCGAGGUUAGACCACCUUCACCCGAUAAUCCGUGGACCCAUGGCCCUCGAGCUGUCGAAAUGGAACCUGACCUGUACAUUGGAAAUUAUAAUGCGGCAAGCAGAGCAAAAAAAAUGGGAUUCCAAGCUGUUUUGACUGUCGCUAAAGAGCUAGAACUCUCAUCAGAAAUCCUGGAAGGUAUCGAAUAUUUGAAAGUCCCUCUGGAAGAUGGGGCAAAUAGGAGAAUAUCGGACCAUGAUAUUAACACUUGUGUGAAAUGGGUUCAAAAACAAUUAGACAAUAAACGGAAAACACUGGUUCAUUGUCGGGCUGGAAUGGGGCGUUCAGGAUCAAUAGGAAUUGCAUAUGUUUAUUUCCACCAUCCGAAAUUUUCUUAUAGAGAAGCGUUACAACAUGCUUGGUCAAAAAAACCUGAUAUAUACCCGCAUGUUGGGUUACAGCAAUCUUUGGAAAGAUUAUAUCCAAGGCUUAAUUAG